UUUCAUCGAAUUUAAAAAAUAUUAUUCCGUAGUUGUUAAAAGUGAUUUGAUCAAAAGUUUUGUUUUUGAAGUAAUAUCGGUCUUCCAUUACUGUAGUCUGUUGUUAUUUAGUGAAUUAGGUUUACUUAAACACUAAUAUGAUUCAAUUAUGAUCAUGUACAAAUUUUUAUAUUUCAAUACUAAUAAUACUCGAGUUAUUUACAAUUAUCCGCCCAUCAUUCAAUAUAUUUUAUCUUUUGUAACAGUAACAAUAAAAACAUAAGUGCUGGUUUCUUCAAGUGAAAUCGCAGCUUAAUUACAUGUGUUACAAUGGAUGCAAUGUUUGAUGAACCAGAUGUGCAUUGCAAACCGAAUGCAUUAGUUGGUAAUUUUGGAUGGUUCCUACAAGGCCUUUUGGCUACAUUGGCAUUCUUAUGUUUAAUAAUAAAACGAUUUUGUGAACCUAAAUAUGAUCGACGACCCUGGAAAGUAUGGUUUUUUGAUACUUCCAAACAAGGAAUGGGGUCCUUGCUUAUGCAUUCAGCAAAUUUAGUUUUAGCUGGUCAAAUCCAAGGUGAUCCUUGUACAUGGUAUAUGAUUCAUUUUUUAAUGGAUUCAUCCCUUGGUCUUUUGUUGAUAUUUUUUGGUAUACGAUUUUCACAACAUUUAGCAAGAGUAAAAAAUUGGGAAUCUUUUAACUUUGGAGAAUAUGGAAAACCUGAAUCAAUUAGAAUUUGGUUUAUUCAAUGUGGCUUAUACUUGUCACUUUUAUGUUGCGUUAAAGUUGUUAUUACAUUGUUAAUUUCAUUAGACAUCUGGCGAGUUAUCACAAAAUUCAUCAUGUCACCUUUUACUGAUCCUAGAACAGAAUUAACUAUAGUCAUGCUAAUCAUACCUUUGUUUAUAAAUGCACUUAUGUUUUGGGUGACUGAUGACAUAUUGAUGCAUAGAAGUCGUCAUCGAGUUGGUUUAUUACGACGUAUAAAAAUACAAUACCAUAAAGUUCAGCAAAGUGGCAGACUUGAUGAUUCAGCUAUUUCUGAUGAUGAAGAAUUGCUCAAUAUAGAUGAAACAUCGACAAUUCUACGAUCUAGUGGAGUUCAGGGUUUUUAAUAUGUUUCAAAAUUUUUUAUUUUAAAUAAUCAUGCACUAUGGUAUAUACUUAAUUCCUCAAUUUUAAUCGACAUUCCUUAAAUGUAUAUUACAUAUUAUUAUACAUCUUAUAAAAAAAUAUUUUAAAUGUUAUACAAUUUUUAAUAUAUUGUUUGUUAUUUUUAUAUUUAUAUAUAUAUAAUUUUAUAAUAUGAGUAUUCUAUAAUGUUUACCAAUUUUAAAAUUGCAAACGAUCAUUAAUUUUUACAAAAAUAUUAAAUUAAUUUAAAGUCAUAUAAUUUGUAGAGUAAUUUAAUGUUAAUAUACACAAUUAUGUAGUUGAAACUUAAAUUGUACUAAACUUCAUAUUUCAACCAUUACAGAUAUCUUUGAUUAUAACAUAUUUUGAAAUUUUAAUGUAACAAUUGCGUUCAAAAUAAUUUGGUAAGCAAAAUAGCUUACACAUUGACAGAAUAUUGCACUAGAAAAUUAAUAAAUGUACAUUUGUAUUGAACUAUGUCAUGUUAUGUAUAUUAUAAAUUAUGGGUGGUGAUAGAUAUAAUCAUGUCAAGUAAUGAUUUCUAAAUUCAACCAGUACAAAUUACAAGCCAGUUAAACAAAAAUAUAUAUAUAUUGUAUAUACGUAUAAUGUAUGUAUAUUAAUUAUAUCAAUGAAAUAAAAUAUUUUAGGUUUUCUAGACAACUUAUUUAAACUGUAAAUUGUUUUAAUGUUUUGUUAUGUAUUUUAAAACAGAUAAUCGAAGCAAAUUAUUUUAAAUCCCUUAAUAUAGAUUAAGCAUUUACAUUUUUCAAACAAAACAUUAUUCUUGUAAUUUAUUUUACCAUAGUACUUAGUCCUAAAUGACUGUGAUACAAAUUUUAAUAUGUAAUAUCAAAAUGUUAUAAAUCUAAUAUAUUAUAUCCUUGGCCAUAUCCUGUUUUAGGAUUGUUAGUAAUUUUUUACUUGUAAAUUUUGUACUUGGUAAAGACCUAAUCAAUUAAAUAUAUAUAAUUUUAAUAAAUACAUAUUUAUUAUUUUUA